GUGGUGUUUCCAGUUGGAACUGGUCCACUCUGCACCUAGCAGCCUAGUCAUCAGAUAGUACUACCUCGGUCUCUAAAGAUAGCUACUCAUUGAUGACUCAUUCCUAAGCUCUAAACAGUAUAAAAUCAAGCAAAUCUGGUGUCUUUAAACUACUUGAUCAUCUGAAAUAAUUAUGCAAGGAGGGCUUGGUCGAGGUAGCUUGUUCAAUACUCCCCAGGGUGGACUGGGUGGACUGGGCAGAGGUCUCGGUGGUGGUGGUUUAGGUGGGACUGGUGGAGGAUUGUUUGCCACAAAACCCGGCGGACUGUUUAGUGGGGGAGCUACACAGAGCACAGGAGGUGGACUCUUUGGUCAGCAAUCUAUGGGCCAACAAACCCCAGCUGCUCAAACUGGGGGUGGCCUGUUUGGUGCUGGAAACACGGGGGGAGGUCUCUUCCAAACCCCUCAGGGAGGAGGUCUAAAUCAACAAAAGAGUUUCGGUGGAGGUAGUAUCUUUGGGAAUUCCCCCUCUCUGGGGGGCGUGUCCACUGGUGGACUUGGUGGUGGUGGUCUUUUAGGUGGCGGUGGUGGAGGGUUGUUCUCACAGCCACAGGCCACACCUGCUACUGGUGGCCUCUUUAGCCGACAACAGAGCACUGUUUCUGGCUUGGGGGGUACCUCAGGAGGCGGUCUAUUUGGAAACAAAGGCUUGGGUGGUCUUAGUACCGGCCUGGGUGGUGGUCUAGGAGGAGGUCUGGGGACAGGCAUGAGUGUCAAGUUUGAACCAAUGCCAGGAACAGAUACUAUAAGUAAAAACGGCGUUAAUCACUCAGUCGCCACCAAGCUUUACUGCAUCAGUGCAAUGAAGCAGUAUGAAACACAGAGCCUUGAGGAGAUUCGUAUAUCUGACUACCAAGCCGGUCGUAAAGGUUCCAGCGGCGGAGGAGGGCUGGGCACUGGGCUGAGUCUGGGGGGAGGGCUCAUGGGAGCACAGGCUGGUGGCUUAGGAGCAGGAGGACUAGGAGGAGGAUCCAUUUUUGGACAGAGCAAGCCGUUAGUAGGAGGUCUUGGUGGUGGUGGUGGUUUGUUUAGUCAGAGCUCCCAACAGCCGACACUUGGAGGGCUGGGUACUAUCACCUCUACCGGUGGAGGACUCUUCUCGCAGCAACAGCAGCAGCUGGGAGGAGGAGGGCUAUUCAGUAACACCAACACACUGGGUGGACUCGGAAAUACAGCUGGAGGUGGUAUGUUCAACCAAGUGAGUCAAGCAGGUGGGCUCGGUGGACUAGGAACUACUGGCCUUGGGGGAGGUAGUCUAUUUAGCCGAGGAGGAGUCACUGGACUCGGCACUAGUCUACAAUCAAGUCAAGCUGGAUCUCUGUUCAACAAGCCACUAGGAACCAUGUCUACCCUGGGAGGGGGUCUCUCUCUAGGCAUGGGACAGACUGGCCUAGGAGGAGGUGGGCUAUCUUUAGGAGGAGGUAUUGGUGGCAAUACCAACUUCGGCAGUGGUCUGGGCACUGGACUGGGUAUGGGUGGCCAGUACGGUCUUGGAGCUGGUAAUCUCAAUAGAGGAGGUCUGGGAAUGGGCUAUGGUACUGGACUGGGUGUUGGGAUGGGAACACUCGGAGGAGUACAAAACACAAGCAUGGGCCAAUCCUCCCUCCAGAGUGUGUCCCUCCAACAGCAGCAGGCCCAUCUCAAUCAGCAACUAGAGAACCUAGCUAACUCUCCAUUUGGUGACUCCCCUCUCUUCCGAAGUGCCCUAUCAGACGCUGCCAAACGUAAGAGCAAGGAAGGCUCCACCCCUGUUCUAUCUAAAGCCACACCCACCCACUCUCCGCACUACAAGGUCAACAUGCGUCCAUCUCCGAGACUCAAGCCAAAGUCUUUGAACUCUCCAAUGAGACAUCAACAGAAGCUGCAGCUCUUUGACGGACUUGAUGAUUCCAACGCAUCAUCAAUGGCUGGAGGAAGCGGGGAGACCUUUGUGCCUCGCAGUAUCAAGACCCUUAGGAUGAAGCCAAAACCAUCAAAGCCUCUGUUAGAGUCAACACCACCUCCCCUUCCUGAUACACCGGUGGUAGAGGCCACACCCUUUUCUUCUCGUACGGCUGCAUUCCGACCAACUCCCACUAUUUCCACGCUGCAUCAGCAGGAUGUCAGUAUGAGCAGCCCCCAAACCUCACUCCUGGCCACACCCCUCGAAAAACCAGUUCCUAUCAGGCCUCGGACCACACCCACUACUAGUGCGAUUGCCACGCCCCUCAGUGUGGGAGCGUCACCAACAGACACAUCCACACCCGCAAAGGGAAUUUCCCCCGCCGGGUCUCGCUCGGACACAGGGUCACUGACACGCUCACCCCUCAGGCCAAGACGAUGUGCUGUCACUCUUCCCCUUGGAUACCAUACCAUCCCUCCAUUGGAUGAACUAGACUCCAUAGCAACAGGCUCCACCUGCCUUGUCCAGAACUUCACUAUUGGUAGACAGAGCUACGGAGAAAUUCAUUUUCCUGGACUCACUGACGUGUACGGGAUGAACCUGGAACAGAUCGUGACAAUCGACUCCAAAGAGGUGGUGGUGUACCCUGACGACAGGAAGAAACCUCUGGAGGGGGAGGGGCUCAACAAGAAGGCGGUGGUGAGCCUGGAGGGGAACUGGCCCGUGGACAAGAGCACUCGAGAGCCUAUCAAAGAUCCAGACAGGAUUGAGAAGAUGGGAUAUGUAAACAAACUGGAGAGAAUGACUGACAAGAUCGGUGCCACGUUUCUAGGCUACGAUCCCAACUCUGGAGUGUGUCGGUUUGAGGUGAGCCAUUUCUCCAAGUACAAGCUGGUGGCUGACGAUGAAUCCGACGAUGAGAAUGGACAGGAUGUGGGCGGAGUCAAGAAGCUAAAGACUCAGGAGGGCAGCAAACAGCCGACCACUGCUGCCACGGUGACAGUGCAGCCGGUGAGACCUGUCCUUGCACCUCGUCAACCUACCACUACAGUAAUGCGUACCGAUCAAGAUGAGGACAUGUCAGACGAUGAUGGGUUUGAGGAUGCAAUAGGCGUGGCCGACUCGUAUAAACCACACCCACUUCCAAUGUCCCAGCAGUUGGCGGCUACCAUGGGAGUGCGUACUCACAGGGUGCAAGUUAUGAAGGCGUCAUUCUUUGGACAAGAAGAACCCCCAAAACGAUCUCAGACUCCACCUCUUCAACUGGGCCGACAGGGCUUACUGAGGGGACCUCAACGGAUCACCCCCCUUAUACCACAAACCACACCCCUUGCUCAACGGACAGUGAAUGUAAACCACACCCCUCCAGCUUCAGUACUACAAGCACAAUCUUCAGUACUGCUGGCCAAUCAGGGCCUCCAGACGUUGGUUCCUUAUAAAGACAGUAUAGUGAAGGGACGAGAACGCCGCAUCGCUGAUUUGGGGCUGUUUAUGGGGAAAUCGUUUCGCGUGGGAUGGGGACCACACUGGAGUCUGUCUCAUUCCGGUGUUCAGCUGUCUCGUUCUCAAGUUCAUUCUGGGAGUAUGUUUGGUGGAUUUGGACGUCCUGUGUCAGCGAGUAGUGGACUACCAGUGAGGGCCGUGGUGGAGAGGGUGGCUGUGACGGAGGGUAGCCAGGACACCUCAGCAUACUAUACAAAAUUUCUGGAGGUUCAACUCAGUCACACUCAGUUCUCUGCCAACCCCACACAAGCCACUCCCACUUCGGGCAGCAGACUCCUCCACGCACUAACAGAUCUCGUACAGGCCACGCCUACAGACAGUCAGGCUGCGGAACAACUCAAGAGGGCUCUGGAAUUAGCCGUGGCUCUUUGGGGGGACUUGCCGGGUGAUUGUGACCCUGAUCCAGAGUCGUAUGAGGUAGUCGUGGCUCGAAAGCGGAAUGUUUACAAGUGGCUGAAGAGCACCAACAGUGAAGCAACAAGCAGAGAUUCUGAUGCAGAGAACUACCUGAAGACGUUGUUUAGCCUUGUUGCUGGACAGCAGCUGAGUGAAGCAUGUCACCUUGCCCACGAGAAGGGAGACUACCGACUAGCCCUCCUCCUCAGUCAGGCCACUCAGAACACCAUUGUCAACAGGGUAUACAUACGGAAGCAGCUGGAAGAGUGGAAGAGACACGGUACAGAUCGACACAUUGACCCCGAGCGACUGAAACUGUAUGUGCUCUUGUCUGGUGAGCUAGUCUGGGAGCUGUCUAUGGACAGGAGAAGAGACACCUCGGAGGUGGCAAGAGUGGUGAAGGUGUGCAAGGACCUGGAUUGGAAGAGAGCAUUGGCCCUCCACUUGUGUUAUGUGGUUGCCCCUUCCUCAAGUGUCUCCUCUGCUGUAUCCAGCUACUUCAACUCUUUCCAGGGUGACAAUCCGAAUGCUGCUUGCCCUCAACCUCCGUACUUGGAGUCAGGCCACACCCAUUGUAACAUGCAUCUCCCCUCGGAUACAUGCUUCCACCUCCUUCAGCUGUACUGCCAGCAAGACCACAGUCUGGAGCAGACUCUCGACCCCUCCUCAUCAGUACCUCAUCACCUCGACUAUGGGAUUAGUUGGCUGCUAUGGUCUGUUUUCACGGCACUGGGCUACACUCACAUGGAAUCCAUACGACAGGCACAGCUACACACCAGUUUCUCUACCCAGUUGGAGCGUGAGGGUGUGUGGCAGUGGGCGGUGCUUCCUCUACAACACAUUUCCGACCCUCCACAUAUGGAGAACGCAAUCCGAGAGCUUCUAGCACGAAACUGCUCCUCCAGUGAAGAGCUUUCUGAGCAGGAGGUGUUUGUGAUUGAGCAGUUACAUGUGGCCCGAGAGUGGGUGUUUGCUGCUAAGGCCCUCAGGGCACACUACGAGAAUAACUAUGAGCUGGAGGCGUGGCACUUACUGGAGGCUGGCCAAUGGAAUGAUUCUCACACUGUUAUCGUUCAACAACUUGCAGCUGAUGCCAUUAUCAAUGAUGUGAGCGAGGACUUGCUCCAAAUGCUGAAGGUGUUGUCUGAUUCGAAUAGGUACAGCUGUAUUGCCAACUGGGACACUGGGGGAUCGGUCUAUUUGGACUUCCUGAGUAUUGGUGAUCAGCUGAUCUCAAAGAGUGAGGAAUUGGCCGAGGGUUCUGGUCAGUUAUUGGAUGAGCUGAUUCUGGGUCUCAAUACUCUGGCCGACAGGAUUGGACAGCUGCCCUGCUCCACACCCAAAGAAACUUUGUGUCAGGCAGAGAUGGCCAAGAAAACUGCUACUUACACAAAACUGGUCCUUUCACUUAAGUACCCGGAAGACUCUGGACAGCUGUAUGCUGAGUUGUCACGGACACUAAGCCGCCUUCCCCUGCCCUCAGACUAUGCCCUGGUGGAGUACAGACAUCUGAUUCAGCCGUGCCUCAAUCAACUGGCCAAGUGCUACUGAUCAUAGAAAUAACUCUCUCUGGACUUAUUUUGAGUAUAAAUACAACUAGUCUGUUCUGUUCCCUUUUUUCUUUCUGAGAUGCACAUGCUGUAACUGCAAAGAUGUAUUACUACACCAUUCAUUUUAUGUUGAAUCAAUGUCUUGUUCUAAUUAUAGCCAUGUUGCAAAUG